AGGAUUUAGCACACCAUUGAUCUAUCGAAGCCCGCCAUCUGACGCCAAAGUUUUGACAAUUGUAUCAGGAUACAUCAUGUCGGGACUGUGUGGAGAGAAAAUGUUUAUCUCGACAUUAUUUCUUGUCGCUGUCACAAUGUACAGUGUUAGUGGACAAGAAACUAAGAUAAUUAUCUGUGAGAGGACGACGGGUGAAAUAAAUUGCAAAGAGGGCCUGAUCAACAUUGCUACCGCUGUCUACGGACGAAGUGACAGCACAACCUGUCCUAACCCACAAGUAUCAGACACGUCUUGUGCAUCAGACGUAGUGGCUGUUAUCGGUUCAAAAUGUAACGGCCGAUCGCAAUGCAGCAUUACUGCAACGAAUGACCUUGCUGGUGAUCCGUGCAUUGGAACAUAUAAGUACCUUGAGGUAGCCUACACGUGCGAAGGUUUGUCAGAAAUUCGUCAGGCUACAGUUGGUCCAUGUGAAGGCUGUUAUACCAAUGCUUGUAAGAUGAGCUGCGGAAAAAACCUAACUGCUGAAGAGAUUCUUGAGAUCUUAAGAAACGUAGAAAUCACUUUAGAUAACGCAGCAAAUGUCGCUGAAGAGUUGGAAAACGUCACAAGCAUGGGCCAGAACAUCUCUCUAGAGGGGCUCAAUGUAGUUGCAGAACUUCUUGAGGAUAUAAAUGAAAUAAAUUCUACAGAAACAAAGGUGGCUAAAUCUAUGGUAGGAAUUGUAAAUAACAUCGCAGCCUUACCUGACGAACAGCUUGGUAUGGCCGAAGAAGAGAAUAGCUCGCCCAGCCGUGUAGUCUUGGCUCUCGAAGCACAGCUUGCUGUCGUAGAAGUGGGAAAUGAAAGUAGUCGGUUUGUGGAAACCAAUGUUGCUGCUGAGGUACUUGAUGUGACCCCCGAGGACAUCGGCCAAGGUUAUACUGUCUUCAUGUCUGUAACUGAUGACGGUGAGAGCAUCUCUGACGAAGACUUCAAGGUGGAAAGAGGUGACCUGACGCAAGAGCCAGAAGCCACCCAGACACAGGCUACACUCUUCAUUCCAUCGGGUUUAGCGGACAGGUUCUCAGGACGCAGAGGGCGUCUCGUCAUCACGACGUAUCGCGUGCCAUCUAUGUUCCAGGAUACGGGGAUUGCGCAGUUCAACCAAGAUGUAGAAGAGAACAAUGGACCCUUGAAUUCUAGGAUCAUAUCGGCGUCUUUCAAUAACGAAAAGGUGGAGAAUUUGAGCGAACCAGUCAGGAUAUCGUUCACUCCUCUAAAUGCAGUAAGAAGAUAUGACAAUCAAUUUAUUGAACUUAUAGCGAAUACAGAAUUGUAUCGCGUCACUCAAUGA